AUGGAAAGAGACUACUUAAGGAGGGCAGUUGAGCUGCUCGAUGAACGGCAAUUCUCUUCCUACGGCAGUGGACCGGUGCAGAAUUUUCUGUGCUUGCCCCAAGUUGAUGGACUGAAACUCUCAAGCAUAAAUCAAGGAAACGUAUCAGAGAUUACAAGAGUUCCUUUAUAUUUUCAUUGCGAUGGAUCAGAAAAAAGGCUCUCGGAUUGUGGCCAAAUUGAAGGCGGAGUGACUAGUCUAGGAGAGUGUGCUAACAAUGUUGAUGCACUAAUUGUCUGUGGACGUCAAGUACAUCUUCCAGAAGAUGGAGAAAUACGUUUGGUACCCGGAAAUGCAGAAGUCAGUGCACAUAGUAGUGGUGUUAUUCUGGAAGGUCGAUUAGAAAUUUUUCACAGUGGCUCUUGGGGAACAGUUUGUGAUGACGAUUUUGACAUUAAAGCAGUCGCAGUUGUAUGUCGUCAACUUGAUUACUUUCCAGGAACCUUCCGUUCAUUGGCGAAAUUAGGCGAAGGAAGUGGUAAAAUAUGGUUAGAUGAUCUGAACUGUACUGGUGUGGAAACAUCCGUGUCUCAAUGUACCCAUGGUGGAUGGGGAAUUACGGAUUGUGUUCACAGCGAAGAUGUCGGUGUAAUAUGCAAAAUGCCAGGUGACACAAUAUUUGGUAACCAGAUACCACUACCUUAA